AUGUCAGAAAAAUAUGUGUACGCCUUGAGCCAAACUAUCUCCGCCCCCUCAAAUAUUAACAAUGGGAUUCCUAAUUCAUACGGACCAGUAGGACUAGGCACUGCAUCAUUAGCUGCGGCUAACAUGGGGUCAGGAUUAGCAGGACAAAUGAUGGCUAAUGGAAUACCUGCAGCAGCAUUUGGUCCAAUGGGACCUCAAGCUCUUGGUAUACCACAAAAUCAAAUGGGUAUAGCACAAAAUCAAAUGGGUAUACCACAAAAUCAAAUGGGUAUAGCACAAAAUCAAAUGGGUAUAGCACAAAAUCAAAUGGGUAUAGCGCAAAAUCAAAUGGGUAUAGCACAAAAUCAAAUGGGUGUACCUGCUGCUGUGGCAGCUAAUAACUUCGGAGUUGGAUACAUUGGCAGUUAUGGAGGAAGUGUGGACUUCAGUGCAAAAAAGAAUACCUAUGCUUAUAAUAGAUGGCGCUCAGAGGAUUUUAUAUUGGACUGUAAAGCCAAGUAUUUAGGGAUAUGCCGCGUUGACGCCUCGCCCAACUGUGUGUAG